AUGCCCAGCUACUUCAAAUGGGCUGUCUUUGCUUCCAUCGCUGUGUUGAGCUUUGCGUCUUUUAUCUUGAUCCUCGUUGCAAUGAGCACCCAGAAAUGGAUGACCGGAAAAAUCCUUUGCAAAACAGGAGCUGAGCUGGUCAAUGCCACAGACCCAGAGCUAGUCAAAUUCAUGGGGGAAAUUUACUACGGACUCUUUGGAGGUGGCAAAAUACGCCAAUGUGGGUUAGGUGGGCGGCGAUCCAAAUUCACAAGUAAGUAACACUGUUGGUUCAUUUCUCGAAUGUGUGCCUAUUGACCAUACAUUUUCUUUAUGUUUUCUUUAUGCUAAACAUUGGGAUUUUACCUCUGUGGCUUGUUUUCUGAGUUAUUUUAUUUUUUUCUUCUCAAAUUGGAGUAAAAAAUGUGGGUAUAUUUUAAAAACUGCUCUCCUUGACUGAAAUGUGGGGACUUGAAGAGGACCCCCACCAUACCCAUGGCCCUUAGAUGCUGAAGUAGGAUCCUGAUGGGGAGAGGAAUAAGAAAAUGGGGGACGAUGUUGAGACAGGGGUCAUGGGGAAGAAGCAACUCUGGCGCUGAGGGCAGGAUUGGUUCCCCACUUUGGCAAGGCAAGGGGAGAAUGAGUGGCCUAAAAUGAGUCCUUUGGGUUGGACAAAGGUCUACUUAUAAGUAAAAUCAGGACUGGAAGUGAGGGCAAGGGAGCCAGGAAACGGAUGUGGUCAGUGGAGGAGAAAGGGUGCUUCCAGGCCACUCCUGUUCUGGGAAUCAUAUACUGGCCAAUUGAAGUUGUGCAGUUUGGAAUUCUGGUGGGAUAAAUGUCCGGCUUAGGCCAAAGAGAAUACUUCUUCUCCCACUGCUUUUGUCUGAUGUGGUUGUCGGCUAUUGUUUCUGGGACACCUGCACCAAUCAGAAGCUGCUCCUUGGUUUUUGAACAUUUCAAAAGUCAAGCGGACUUCCGGAAAGGAUUAAGUCUGGCGCUUUUGUUUUUGCCAUUUAUUUUGCGUUUUUGAGGCUUUUUCGGCUAACUUGUUUUUGUGACUGAUUGUGUGACUGCAGAAAUGGAUAAAAGCCCCCCCAUCCAAACUUUGACUACCAUCAGUGCAGGUAAGUAAAAAAAAUAAUUUUAAUUUUUUUCAUCUACAACACUGUCUUAUUAUUUUAUAGUACAGUACAUUGACUAUUGCUUUCAUUUUAUGGAUCAGUAGUCUUGUUAGAUAACAAAAUUCAUGUUAAAUUGCUGUUUUAGGGGGAUGUUUUUAAAAGCCUGGAAUGGAUUAAUCCGUUUUGCAUUACUUUCUAUGGGAAAGCAUGCCUUGGUUUUGAAAUGCUUUGGUUUUGAAACAGACUUCCGGAACAGAUGAAGUUAGAGAACCAAGGUACCACUGUAAUCCCAAGUCCAGUGGCAUCAGCACUGGAGGGAAAACCAGGCGAGAUGUGGUGCAGCAAUAAAACUGCUACCACCAUUGCAAAGCUAAGCAGGGUCCGACAUGGUUUCAAAUUGGAUGGGGGGACCUUCUGUUGAGAUUCUUGAAUUGCAGGAAGUCUCACAGGGUCCAUUCCGGCUCUACAAUUCUAUGACUCUGUUGUUCAGUGGUUCUACGUGGGAUCUCCCUGACAAUUAGGUUCAUAGUCUACAGGUUCUCCUAGAUCCAGCUUGGUCUCUGGAAGCCAAAAUAGCCCAUGGAGCCCGGAGGGCUAAGGCUGUAGCCCCACAGGCAGUAUGGGCAUGGUUAUCUGUGUACUGGUAGCAUCCUGGAUUGAUUAUGGCAAUACCUUUGAAGAUACCUUGGAUACCCCAGUCAAAAUACAUCUGCUGGCUUACUCUGGGAAUAGGUGUACGUUUCUGUUGGAGAUAAUUCAGACUGAAAUUCCCAGGUGUCAAAAAAGGUUAUUUACGCUGCCACUACUGCGGCCCGUGUUUUGUUAACCCAAAAAUGGAAAAUGAGUGAGGUCCCAAGCAAAGACUGGCAACUUGAGUUGACUGAAUAAACACAACGUGCAGACUUAACAUAUAGAAUAAGAGAACAAGGAGAACAUACGUUUAAAGAAGAUUGGAAAACGUUUAUUGCACAUAUGGGAAAUAAUUGUGUACAGCUGAAAACGCUGGCAGCAUUAAGAUAAAUUCAACAGUGUAAGUAAGUUUUGAUGGAUGCAAUAAUGGAAUACUGAAUGGUAUAGUUUUGGUAAAAUAUGCAGGAAUUUAUGAUAUGUAAAAAGAACCAUGGAACGAGAAGGGAAGUCCCUGAUAUCUCAAGGAUGUAAAAUGAGUAUUUUAGAUUGUAAAACAGAAAAUUUAAUAAUAACUAUAUAUAACUCCACUGGUUGCUGGUCCACUGUUGUGCAUAAUUCAAAGUAUUGUGCUUGCCUUAAAUGCCCUGCAUAGUUUUGGAUCUAGGUACCUCAAAUAAUAUAUGUUUCCAUGCAAAUGUGUCCAUAUAUUGUGGUAAUAGACAAGCCCAGCCCUAUCAUUAGGCAGUGAGAGACAACCACCUCAGUCCAUAAAUGCUGGGAAACACUGGAGACAGCCCUCCCAGUGGUUCAGAGCAGUGGACUCGUAAUCUGGUGAACCGGGUUCGCUUCCCCGCUCCUCCACAUACAGCUGCUGGGUGAUCUUGGGCCAGUCAUACUUCUUUGAAGUCUCUCAGCCCCACUCACCUCACAGAGUGUUUGUUGUGAGGGAGGAAGGGAAAGGAGAUUGUUAGCUGCUUUGAGACUCCUUCGGGUAGUGAUAAAGCGGGAUAUCAAAUCCAAACUCCUCCUCUUCUUCUUUCGUUGGUCCUGAGGACUUCCUUGCAUUUACAUUUCUAGCCUGUUUCCCUUGAAUAUUGAAGUAAGAUUCAACUGCCAACCCAAUCUGUUUCCAUACAUGGAAUUGGGAGUGGUGGCGUUCAGGGCCGGCCCAAGACAUUUUGGCACCUGAGGUGAACUGCAAGAUGGUGCCGGCCCUGCCAGGGAAGAAGGGAGGAGUGAGAAGCUACACUGGGAACCAGAAGGGAAUAAAGAUCUACAUCAGGAAGGAGGAGAGGAGGGCGACCAGCUGAUUUCAAAACCACCUACAGAAUUAACACAUAUGUGAAUAACUUAAAAGAAGUACUGUGGGGGGGGGGAAGUAUUUGAUCCCCUGCUAAAUUUGCCCGUUUGCCCUCUGACGAAGAAAUGACCAGUCCAUAAUUUUAAUGGUAGGUUUAUAGUAGCUUUGAGAGACAGAAUAACGACAGGAAAACCCCCAGAAACCCAGAAGACAAAAGUCAGAGAUUGAUGUGCAUUCUAAUGAGUGAAAUAAGUAUUUGAUCCCCUAUCAACCAGCCAGAUGUCAGGCUACCUGGUAUCUUCACUGGAUGCAAUGAGCUGAGAUUAGAAGGACCUGCUGUAAGGGAGAGGUCUUAUUGCUUUUACAGUGGUACCUUGGGUUAAGUACUUAAUUCGUUCCGGAGGUCCGUACUUAACCUGAAACCGUUCUUAACCUGAAGCACCACUUUAGCUAAUGGGGCCUCCUGCUGCCGCCGUGCCGCUGGAGCCCAAUUUCUGUUCUUAUCCUGAAGCAACGUUCUUAACCUGAGGCACUAUUUCUGGGUUAGCGGAGUCUGUAACCUGAAGCGUAUGUAACCUGAAGCGUAUGUAACCCGAGGUACCACUGUAUAUUGUUUUUAUCUUUUUUUGUACACCACCCUGGGAACAAUUUGACAGAAAGGGAGCAUGAGAAAGAGAAGGAAAGAAAGUUUAGGCAUCUUUAGAAAGCUAAGAUAGCCAAGGCAUCUAACGAACUUUGGAAACCACACCCAAAAAUGGGGGGGGGGGCGUGGAGCUGUCAGUAGUAGGGUCCAAAAUUGUGUAUUCCUCCCUCCACAGGGGUGACACCCUCAGAUUUGAUCCUGGCUCCUGAAAUAUUUGAUUGCAGUGAAUAUGAAUUCUAAUAUUUUUCAAUACUUAUUGCUGCAAUCCUAUACACACUUAGCUGCAAUCCUAACCCCACCGAGGACUGCAUUCAAUAGGACUGAAUUCUGAGUAGACAUGGUUAGGAUUGCACUGUUAGUGGAUUAAUAAAACACUAAACAAGGCCCAUUAUCAUUUUAAUUAGUACCUGAAACUAGAACCUAAAAAGUUCACCUGACUUUAGUUGCUGCUUUUCAGGUCACUGAAGAUGGGUCCCAUUGUCACCGCAGAAGCAAUUGAUCCAUUACUCCACAUCACUGGAGCUUGGUUAAAUUACCUUGACCUGUCAUAAACAGAGCUUAACUGUUUAACAUUAAACAUGCAGUCAGAGCACAAGAGCAUUAUCAUUCUCAUGUUGAAUAGCAAGUACUGUACACUCUUCAAAAUCUAACGCUUUUAUAUCAUCUGAACAGAUGGAACAUCUUCCAAGGAAGGAAUUUCCCAUUAAUCUUGAAUGGAAAACUUCAUAGCCUUUGUGGGUCCUGCCACAUUUACACAACCCAAAACUCAAUGUUGUUUUCUUUUCCAUGUCAGUAUUUCCACACCUGGUGAAGAAGUUGAACACAGCUCUCCACGUGGCAAUUAUCCUUUUCCUCUGCAUGGCGUUUUCUUUUGCUCUGGUCAGUUUGGCAUUCUGCAUAUUCAACAUAAUUAAAGUUCCCUAUCGGGCUAUCAAAGGCCCAGCUGGAAUCGCCUUGUGGAACGUCCUUGCAGGUAAAAUGUCUGAUGGCACCCACUUUUUCCUUUUGCUAGAUUAAGGGUUUGCUUUCCAUUAUUUCUGCAUGUCACUAAAUGCUCUUAGGGAAAUUUCCAUUGGCGUCAUUGGGUAUGUGUAGUCUGGACAAGAGGAGACUGAGAGGAGAUAGGAUAGCCAUCUGCAAACAUCUAAAGGGCUGUUACGGGGAAGAUGGAGAAAGCUUGUUUUCUCCCAUUGCAGAGGGUAAGACCUGAACCAAUGGCUUCAAGUUACCAAAAAGAAGAUUCAGACUAAACAUCAGAAAUAACUUUACGUUGGCAAGAGCUGUUUGACAGUGGACCAGACUCCCUGGGAAGGUACUAGACCAUGGGUAGGCCAACUAAGGCCUGGGGGCCAGAUCCGGCCCAAUCGCCUUCUAAAUCCGGCCCGCGGACGGUCCAGGAAUCAGCGUGUUUUUACAUGAGUAGAAUGUGUGCUUUUAAUUAAAAUGCAUCUCUGGGUUAUUUGUGGGGCAUAGGAAUUGGUACUUUUUAUUUUUUCCCCAAAUUAUAGUCUGGCCCCCCACACGGUCUGAGGGACAGUGGACUGGCCCCCUGCUGAAAAAGUUUGCUGACCCCUGUGCUAGACUCCUCCUUCCUUGGAGGAUUUUAAGCAUGGAGCAAAAUGCCUCUACAAUUCUCUGUUUCUAAACUAUUUUUGCGUUUCAGUGUAUUAACGCCUUUGUGUUUUGAAUUCUCUUGCAGGUGGCUUUGCAGUGCUGGGUGUGACUAGCUUCAUGGCUGCCGUCAAACUGCACAACCUGACUGAAAGGAUUGCCAAUUUCCAGGAAAACGUCUUCCAGUUUGUAAUCCUGGAAGAACAGUAUGAAGACUCUUUUUGGCUUUGCGUGGCAAGCGCGACCAUUCACGGUGUGAACUUGCUGCUAGUUGCCAUCAGCACAAUUCAUUUCCCUAAGCGGAAGACAAAGACAGAAGAAGCAAAUGUUGCAGCCGAAGACAUCAUGUACUGA